UCAAGUCUUUACUAGAGCACCCACACGUACACAUAACACAUACAUUACUCGCCGGCGCCAUGGAUGGGCAAGGGCCCUUGGCGAUCAAGUUCUCCAGCUGCCGUGGCGUCUCUUUCGAGCCCAAGCCGUCGCCGGCCAGCCCCUUCGCUGUAGAUGCCGCCGCCUGUGCUGCUGAGCCGGCGGCGUCGGCCUUCUCCAAGGCUGGACGAUGGUUACCUCCGCCUUUCAUCCGCAAUUACUCCACCUCGACAUUCUUCACGGCGCACAGCCGUGCCAACAGCCACUUCUGCGAUCUCGACCUCGACGACAUUGAGGACGACACGGAGGGCGAGUCCUGUGACGAGGACGAGGAGAUGGCCUUUGCCUCGGCAGUUGACGGCGUUUCUGACGCGCCGAGCAGGAGCAGGCGGAGCGCGUCGGUUAAGCGUGCGAAGAAGGCGGCAGGGGGGCACUCGAGGCUCGGGGUCAUUCUGCUGGACCAGGGCUUGUUCACCGUGUACAAACGCCUCUUCGUGUUGUGCGUCGCGCUGAACGCGUUGGGGCUCGCUUUCGCGGCCACGGGCCGCUUCCCUGCCGGCAGGCAGCACGCGGCUGUCUUCGCCAUGGGCAACAUCCUGGCGCUCACGCUGUGCCGCUCCGAGGCCGUGCUCCGGGCAGUCUUCUGGCUCGUCGUGGCGCUCCUCGGCCGGCGGGUAGUGCCGGUGGCGGUGAAGACCGGCGUCACGGCGAUCCUCCAGUCCCUCGGCGGCGUCCACAGCGGCUGCGGCGUGUCGUCGCUGGCGUGGCUGGCGUACGCGCUGGCGCAGGCGCGCCGCGAGCUGCACGUGAACGUGAACGCCCUGGGCGUCGGUGCCGCCAUCCUCGGCCUCCUCGCGCUCUCGUGCGCGGCCGCGUUCCCGCUCGUGCGCCACCUCCACCACAACGUGUUCGAGCGCACGCACCGGUUCGCCGGCUGGGGCGCGCUCGCGCUGCUCUGGGCGUUCGUCGUGCUCUCGGCCCGUGGCAGCCACGGCCACGGCCCGCGGGCCACGAUCGCUGUCCUCGCUAAGCGCCCGGAGCUAUGGCUCGCGGCGGCCAUCACCUUCUUCACGUUCCUCCCGUGGAUCACGGUGCGCCGCGUCCCCGUCACGGUCACCGCCCCCUCCACGCACGCAUCCAUCAUAACCUUCCGGGGUGGCGUCAAGGCCGGACUGCUGGGCCGCAUCAGCCGCUCCCCGCUCUCCGAGUGGCACGCCUUCGGCAUCGUCUCGGACGACGGGGACACGCACGCCAUGCUGGCCGGCGCCGUGGGCGACUUCACCCGAGGCCUCGUGUCCGACCCGCCCAGCCACCUCUGGGUGCGCGGCGUCCACUUCGCCGGGCUUCCCUACCUCAUCGGCAUGUACGGCCGGGCGACCAUGGUCGCCACGGGCUCCGGCAUAUGCGUCUUCCUCUCGUUCCUGAUGCAGCCGAGCUCCUGCGCGGAGCUGUCGCUGGUGUGGGUGGCCAAGGGGAUCGACGCCAACUACGGCGAAGGCAUGAGCGCGAUGGUGGCCAACAACAAGAUCCUUGGAGGGCGUGUGGUCGUGCACGACACGGCGACCAUGGGGCGGCCGAACGUCGCGGAGCUCGCCGUCGGCGCGGCGCGGCGGUGGAGCGCGGAGGUGUUGAUUGUGACGAGCAACCCGGAGGGCAGCAGGGACGUCGUGACAGCGUGCAAGAAGGCCGGCAUCCCGGCGUUUGGGCCUAUCUGGGAUUCUUAAUUUCAUGUUUGGAUCACGUCACGCCAAUGGGAGAAUUAAGGGAAAAGAACUCAAAACAUCACCCCAAAAAAAAGCGCCUGAAAUCUUAUAAAACUUAGUCACCUAAUUAGAAAUUUAUAUAUAGGCAUUGCACAUUAUGUACACUUGACAAAUGUACGUUUUUAGUGUGAAGUGUUAUGACAAGCUUUAUUUUAGUCCGUCAGGUUGUACAUCGAGUGACAUGGGAUGACAAAGAUAUUGAU